GGAGACGGAGAGCACCGCCGCUACCACCUCCUCCGAGGGGACCUUCACCAGUGUGACCGGCAGAGGAGGAAGAGGAGGGCAACGGAGGACAAGGCCAUGGACACCGGGGAGCAGCCACGCAAGAGGCCGGACUUCCCACAGAUCUCCGGAGACAAGCUCAUGGGUGACAAGGAAGAAAUGCGAAAGAUCCCAGUUCCCUCACACCGUUAUACACCUCUGAAAGAAAACUGGAUGAAAAUCUUUACCCCGAUUGUAGAACACUUGCAGCUUCAAGUUCGAUUCAACUUGAAAACAAGAAAUGUGGAGAUAAGGACCUGUAAAGAAACUACAGAUGUUGGUGCACUCACUAAAGCUGCAGAUUUUGUCAGAGCAUUUAUCCUGGGCUUCCAGGUGGAGGAUGCCUUGGCUUUGGUUCGAUUAGAUGACCUCUUUUUAGAAACCUUUGAAGUCACAGACGUUAAACCUUUAAAAGGAGACCAUCUUUCUCGUGCAAUUGGCAGAAUAGCUGGAAAAGGAGGAAAAACUAAGUUCACCAUUGAGAAUGUAACAAGAACCAGGAUCGUUCUUGCGGACUCGAAAAUACACAUCUUGGGAUCAUUUCAAAAUAUUAAGAUGGCGAGAACAGCAAUUUGUAACCUCAUUCUGGGAAGUCCACCAUCUAAAGUAUAUGGAAACAUUCGGGCUGUGGCAAGCAGAGCAGCGGAUCGUUUUUAA